AUGGGUAAUUCUAUGCCUGCAGGGCGUGACAUUAGAAUUGUGAUGAUUGGAAAAACUGGAGCUGGUAAAAGUGCUACUGGAAACACCAUUCUGGGCCAAAAAUCUUUCACAUCUAUUGAAGACGCUAUAUCGGUGACUGAGAGUUGUGUUAAAGAAAGAGUUAAUGAUAAUAGAUGGAUAUAUGUGGUGGACACACCAGGACUUUUAGACACUGGGAAGACUGAAGAACUUGUCAAAAAGGAGAUAGCGAGGUGUCUUCAAAAGUCAUCCCCCGGUCCUCAUGUCUUCUUGCUGGUGGUGGAGGCAACGACAUGGAGGAAGGAGGAUCAGAAUACUGUGGAUGAUCUGGAGAGGCUCUUUGGACCAGAGGUCUUCAAGUUCAUGAUUGUGCUCUUUACUCACGGUGAUAAACUUGUGGGUCAAACAAUAAACAACUUCAUAUCUGAUGGCCAUCAGUGUGUUCGAGCAAUUAUAAAACGCUGUUCUGGCAGGUUCCAUGUUUUCGACAAUACAAGUGGAAGUAGAGGUCAAGUUGUUGAGCUGGUCAAGAAGAUUGAUGAGAUGGUGGCAGUAGCUGGAGGAGGGUACUUCACACAUAGAAGAUAA